AUGAAUCUAGGUUUCUUCUACAGUGACGGGAUGGACGAAACAGAGUUUACAGAUGGGUCCAUGAACGUUAUGCUCCUAACUGUGUACGUCCAGUGGACAGAUUCGGUGGAGGAAGUGUCACGAUAUGCAGGUACUCUGCUGCGUCUGGUUGGCAGUACAAAUACCACCGCUGCAUGGGGAAGACUGGAGGUUUACCAUAACGGAUCAUGGGGGACCGUGUGUGAUGACUCGUUCGACAGCAACGUUAACGGUGCCAAGGUAGCCUGUCACACGUUAGGCUAUGCAAAAUCAGGAGCAAGGCCACUGACGAACGUUGUAAGUGGAACGGGUCCUAUUCUCUUGGAUGACGUGGUCUGUACUGGGCAGGAAUGGGACAUAGACGAUUGCAAUCACCUGCCAUGGGGAAUGCACAAUUGUGGUCACGGUGAAGAUGUUGGCGUCGUUUGCUCUUUCACCAUCCCUCUGAGGCUACUUGGUACCCGCCCAUCACCUGGUAUACUUCAAGCAUAUCAUGACAAACAGUGGGAGAAUGUGUGUUAUACCGACAACACCUAUGCUGAUAGGAUUGGCUCGGUUGCGUGCAGGAUGCUGGGUUUUCAGGCAGAAGGGUCCUUCGUACAAAUACUUUAUAUAAGCCGGGCAUGUGUGCGAUGUGAUGGUACUGAGGGUGAAAUCAAUGCUUGCACGAAGGCACCUCAUCGCUAUUACUCUAUACGUGUCACAUGUCUUGAAGAUUUCAGCCUCCGUUUAGUUACAACAAUCACCCCUGGAGUCAAGCACCUGUCCGUUUUACAUAGCAACAAAUGGGGCUACGUGUGUGGUGACUCGUUUUCGGUCGUCGAGGCUCGGGUAGCAUGCAAGAAACUUGGAUUACCAUGGAACGGUGCCUACAAUACUGCCAUACAACGUGGAUCCGAGAUGUUUAUAUGGCUAAAGAACAUAACAUGUACAGGAAAUGAAGAGUCACUGGAGUUUUGUGCCCACUCUGGCUGGGGAGAGGAGUCAUGUGCAACAUUCACAGGACUUGUUUGUACUGAAGCUCGAAUGAUUCUAUCCUCGCCUGCAAACGACACAGAAGAGAUAUUAGAAGUUGCUUACAACAGUACAUGGGGUGGUGUGUGUGCCGAUACGUUUGACGACAUGGCUGCCAAAGUGGCUUGUAGAAUGACUGGACAGCCUAUUGAGCAUGCACGUGUGGGGACACCUCAGAGAUAUGUAGACAUUGUGUUGAGAGUGCAGUCUUGCCUUGGCAAUGAAACCAGUCUUGGUCAGUGUGAACAUGAUGGAUGGGGUCAGAAUGGACAUUGCACCACUGGAGCCAGUGCCCGCUGUUCAUUUGCUGCUGAAACACACCUUGAACCAUCAAAGAAAAUCUUGGAUGUCCACCUGGGCGAUCAGCUAGAUAUCAAGUGUGUCGUAGACAACGCCCAUCCUCGGGUUGAUAACUUCACCUGGUAUUUUAAAGGGAUGGAAGUUGGAAAUGGGGACACAUUUGCACUAAGUGCCCAACGAGGAGAUCAAGGAGAACUCAAGUGUGUCGCAGACAACGGAUUCCGUCCGAUAGCAGGAGCAUCAUCCACCUUAGUCAACAUUCUUUACCCUCCAGAUGUCUCCUGUGAAGAAGAACACACAGUGACAGAGGGGGACAGGGUGUUCAUCAACUGUUCGGCGGACAGUAACCCUCAGCCCUUGAACCUGACCUGGACGAAGGCCACAGAGAGUUUUCAGGCAGAUGUUGAUGGUGGCAUGGUCCUUCUGUCUCUCGACAACGUUGACCUCGACGCUACCGGCACCUACGUGCUCACAGUCAUCAACUCGAUGAUGGACUAUCGAGGAGUCGUUAGAUAUGGUUCCAGUUCGACUUCCGUCUACAUCGCUGUCAAAGCUUUCCCCAGUCGUGUGUUCAUGAAUGCUACAAUCGUCGUAUCAUUUGUCGCUGUCGUUGUAGUCUCAGCUCUUGUUGUUACGAUUGUGUGUCUAGCCAGACGAGGUGUUCAUAAGCCAACCUCCAGAUUUGAAGCAACUACUGAAAGGUCGGUUCAUUUCCAAAGCACCCCUAAUGUAUACAUCGAAGAGCAGGGGACUUCUGGCGCCGGAAAUUGUCAAGCAGAUGGGGAAGAGUACUACACUCAGCUGGAUUAUCAGACACGGGAUCUUGGUGAGGAAAAUAUAUACGAGAACACAAUGACAAAAUAAGAAUUCGUGUUUGGCUGAACCUGUGCUCAAGAUGUUUAACAGCUUGGAGGGAGUUUGAGUGAGACCCGCAACACUAUGGUCGUAUUUGUCAACUAUGCUAUGGAAUACACCCUGCAUUUGGGUCAACGAGUAUAACUGACCAACAUUAUAUUAUGCUGUGGAUUACAGCCCAUACGCAUUAGCUCUAAUGCAGUUGAAUACACAUUAUGCUUAGCUGUUUCACCGAGUGUAAGCCUAAAUAACAAAGAUAUUUUUUAUAGAUGUUGAUAAGUAAAAGAAUACUUAAUAAAUUAUCAUAUGUAUACAUGUACGUUAUGCAUAUAUAUGUAAGACCCGUGAAGAUCCGG